CGGCAUAGCGCAGCAAGCAUCAACAAACCCUCAUAAUGGCCGCUCGAGCACCGCCCGCUGGCCGACCCGGCCUCAACACUCGCUUUGCGCAGUUCAAGCUCGUCCUUUUGGGCGAGUCUGCUGUUGGAAAGAGUUCAAUAGUCCUUCGUUUUGUCAAGGAUCAAUUUGACUCCUUCAGAGAAUCCACCAUUGGAGCCGCUUUCCUCACUCAGACCAUCUCCCUCGAUGAGAACACGACGGUCAAGUUCGAGAUUUGGGAUACGGCCGGCCAAGAGCGAUACAAGUCGCUGGCUCCCAUGUAUUACCGAAAUGCCAACUGUGCCGUUGUUGUAUACGAUAUCACGCAAUCCGCAUCACUAGAUAAAGCAAAGGCGUGGGUAAAAGAACUACAGCGCCAAGCAAAUGAGAACAUCAUCAUUGCGCUUGCUGGAAACAAGCUCGAUUUGGUCAACGAACAGCCCGAUAAGCGAGCCAUCCCAACUGCAGAUGCCGAGGCCUACGCCCGAGAGGCCGGCCUUCUCUUCUUUGAGACGUCUGCCAAGACUGCCGAGAACGUGCGAGAACUCUUCACUGCCAUUGCAAAGAAGCUUCCCUUGGACCAAGCCGGACCCAGACAUGCGCGACCUGGCCAACGACCCGGCGUCAGUCUUGCUCCAGAGAAUUCCAACACGAAUGUCAACGGACCAUGCAGCUGCUAAACGAUACAUGACACGAUGCUACGGCUGGACGUUUAAUGAUGCCCAUGUACCCUACGUCCAGCAAUGAAUACGUGGGAGUGAUUGAUCAUUCAGGUUCAGGUUCAGGCCGGGAUAGACUGACAGCAGUGAUUCAAAGCCUUGGCUUGCAUUGUGCAAGCCCGGGUGCGUCGUAAAUUUCUCGGAGUCUUGGGUUUGGAGGGUAUUGGCUGACGAUUUAUUCUUUAUGGACCUUUUAUUUAUUUUCCUCCCCCCCUUUUUUUUAAUAUGCACCCUUGAUUUUUUUGAGUCCCCUCCUGAUGCACUGGGAUGUGCAAAGAGAGAGAGUUAAAGAGUAGCUUUUGUCGCAGAUGGGCAUGUUUCUGAGCUACAAGAUGCCUGGUGGAGGAUUAUGAGAUACGGGAACGAUGUGUAUUCUGUCCUUCGGAGAAUAUGACUGAGCGUCUAAUAGAUUGCUGCUUUGAUAAGACUUGGGCUUGUGAUUUUUGCUCUCCUGAAGUGUGCUUGAUCUGCGGAUGCAGGUAUGCUCCCGCAGAAGCCGGGGCGUAUGAACUGGUGGAUCGAUGCAUCGAAUGUCGAGAAACAGGAACCGUAUGCAUGCACGGUCUAAAUUGUGCGCUUAAGGGUAAAAGACUUGGCGUGACAGCACAAGAGAAAAAGAAGAAGUUAGAAAAUAAAUUGAAAGAAAAUAAAGAAACACACGUAUAAUUUUAUGGCUGAGUAUCAAUGUUCCUGUUUUUUUGGCAGCCAUGAAAGCAUUACUGGCAUGGCAUUGGCCAUCCGUUGCGUC